CCCCUCGCGAGCCCUCCGGCUGGCGCCGGGCUCCAUCUCCCUCCCUCCCUCCCUCCGACUCUCCCCCUCCCCCUUUCCGGCUCAGCCCCACGUCACCAGGAGACCAGACGGGGGACAUCAUGGCGGAGCGGAGGAGACACAGGAAGCGGAUCCAGGAAGUGGGAGAGCCAUUCAAAGAAGAGAAGGCUGUUGCCAAAUACCUGCGCUUCAACUGCCCAACCAAGUCUACCAACAUGAUGGGACACAGAGUUGAUUAUUUCAUUGCUUCCAAAGCUGUGGACUGCCUUUUGGAUUCUAAGUGGGCAAAAGCCAAGAAAGGAGAAGAAGCUCUGUUUACAACUCGAGAGUCAGUAGUGGAUUAUUGUAACAGACUCCUAAAGAAACAGUUUUUUCACCGAGCGCUAAAAGUGAUGAAAAUGAAACCUGACAAGGACAUAAAGAAAGAAAAGGAAAAAGAAAAAGGAAAGACUGAGAGUGGAAAGGAAGAUGAGAAGAAGAGUAAAAAAGAUAAUGGAAAAGAAGAAAAGGCUAAAAAAGAAAAAGAAAAAAAGAAGGAUGGUGAAAAAGAAGAGGGGAAGAAGGAUGAGACCCCUGGGACACCUAAGAAGAAAGAGACAAAGAGAAAAUUUAAACUUGAGCCUCAUGAAGAGCAAGUCUUUCUGGAUGGAAAUGAGGUAUAUGUAUGGAUCUACGACCCUGUUCAUUUUAAAACAUUUGCAAUGGGCCUCAUACUUGUGACUGCUGUUAUAGCUGCAACUCUGUUCCCACUUUGGCCUGCAGAGAUGCGUGUGGGAGUUUAUUAUUUGAGCGUUGGUGCCGGCUGUUUUGUGGCAAGCAUUCUUCUCCUGGCAGUGGCCCGUUGCAUCCUCUUCCUUAUCAUCUGGCUGAUAACUGGAGGAAGACAUCACUUCUGGUUCCUACCCAACCUGACCGCUGACGUAGGCUUCAUUGACUCCUUCCGGCCCCUGUACACCCAUGAAUACAAAGGACCAAAGGCUGACUCAAAGAAAGAGGAGCGACUAGAACCCAAAAAGCAGACAAAAUCUGACAGUGAAGAGAAAUCUGAUAGUGAGAAAAAGGAAGACGAGGAUGUCAAAGCUGAUGCCCAGGGAGGCUUUGGAUCGGAAGGUUCUGGAGGAGAGCGGAAUUCGGACACGGACAGUGACAGGCGGGAAGACGACCGGUCGCAGCACAGUAGCGGCAAUGGGAAUGAUUUUGAAAUGAUCACAAAAGAGGAGCUUGACCAGCAGACUGAUGAAGGGGAUUGUGAAGAAGAAGAAGAUGAAGAAGAAGAGGAAGAGGAGGAGCAAGAAACUAGACCUUUACAUGAACAGUCAUAAUUCAGCUAUCAUUUGGGACUGAAUCUUGUGCAGAAACAAUUGGAUUUUCUAUGUUGGCUGGUGCACUCUUUCAACAGCGUUUUCUCCCCAUUUGCGAAAGUAUACAGCUUAGCCAAACACCUUUAUAAAAUAGUUCAUAAUUUGAUUUGCAAAUUAAAGGAAACUAUUAACUUGUU